UUAAUCAUUGGAAUACUCAACUUCCUACGAGAGAAUAUGUAUUAGUAAACAGAAAGCAUGAAAAACAAAUUUUCACACUAUUUCAAACAACUUAUGUACGAACAAUAUGUAAACAUAUUCCUCGAUGUCUUGAUUUCAUUUACAUUUGUGCAUCUACAUUUAAAAACUUUGGAAAAAUAUUUUCAUUAUAUUCGGACAUUUGUCGCUUACGAAAUGUAUAUGUUUCAAAAUAUAAUGAUACAAAUACAGAUGAUACGAACAUUUUCCUUGAACGUAUAAUUUCGUUAUACAAUCGUCUAUCAAAAAUUAAAUUAAUUUCCUUAAAAACCAAUUCCGAUACCGAAAAAGAGGACGAAACAUUUAUAAAAAACAUAUUUAAAAUAAUUAAUAAAAUUGAUAAAACAAAUAUGAUAUCAAGUAGUGAUUGGUAUAGAAAAUCAAUUUUCAUUUAUUAUUCACCACCAGAAAAGUUAAAAACUCGUUAUUUCCGAAGUGACACUUUGAUUAACGAUGAGAACAGAAAAGAAGUUCACACAGUCGUUUGUUAUUUAAAAAAUAUCAUUUUUUACCAAGGUAAAGAUUUGUUAACCGCUAAUAAUAAUUAUGAAGUACCAGAAUCGGAUAAAAAUUUCAUAAUUAAUCUCAACUUGGCAUUAAAUGAUUUAUUACUUAACAUUCUUCGGGUGCUAAAAUAUAGUUUUCGAAACGAUGUUAUAAAAAAAGUUGAACAACAUUCAUACAAAGAUAAUGAAAAUCUCACUAUCACGAAGCAGACGAUUGAUACUAUAUUGGUGAAGGGAAUGUUUCUUAAAAUAUGUAAAAUGAUUCCUUUAAUUCUGUAUUAUUUGUACAGUUUUCAUAUCAUCGAUUUAAACGUAUUUAGUUUGUAUUUAACAAUAUGCAGUGAUUGGAGAGAAUUUAUAAUUGAACGGUGUAUAACUCAUAAAGGCAGUACUGGAACGUGGAUGUACGAUUCACAAUGUGUAACACAGUCGGUAAAUGAAAAGCUAAUGUUAAAUUAUUAUAUGAUUACACAAAAGGCGAUAUAUGAUGAUAACGACAUGAAUAAUGUUCCUAAUCUAAAUUUCUUGGUAUAUGUUAUGCAAUUGAUUAAUGACGCGUUGGUUGAUUUUUACCAGCCUAAUAACGUUUAUAUAUGGACGUCAAUUGAUUGGUUAAGCUCAUUACGCAUGUUCACUCAAAGUUUAAGUUCCGACGAUUUGAUCGAAAUAA